GACGGACCCUGAGAUUGACAAAUGGAAGCUUAUUGUCAGACUGCACAUGUCGCUCCCCCGACCUUUGUUGCUCCAGCCAGCCAGCAGGCAAGCAAGCAAGCAAGCCGCUGCAGGCUGCCGGACGAUGCAGGUGGUGCUGGAACGGGCAUGCCACUGCACGCACUUCCAAUCUCUGGCCGCCUGCGAAUCAGCGCGAGCACAUGCAUCCGCCAUGCACCUACUGUACUUGUCUUCUACUCGCUCAUCCAUCCAUCCAUUCCAUCGUUCAGCCAAUCCAUCGUCAAUGGCACCAGUCUCUGGCUGUUGACAUGUGCAGAGCCUAGAGCGACCUCUUCCCGCCGACAGCAUCGGCAUCGCUACAUGAGAUGAUUGAUGAUUCCGUGUCCCAGGGCCUUCGUUGUUUCGCGCCCUCGUCUCGACAGCCCGCCCCAGACC